AUAUGAAUUAAGUUUGUUUGGUUAAAAAAAAAAAAUUAAAGGUGGUAGUAGCUAGCAAGCAAGCACGCAAAAACGUAACCGGCCUCUCCCCCCGUGUGCACAACAAAGCAUCAAACAAACAUUGUUCCUCACAAUUAUCAUCAAUUUCUCCAAAUCACAAUGUUUUUUCCUAUGUCAAAAAUUAAAAUAUACUCUUUGUGACAAUUCACCUUCCCUUCUUCUUCCUCUGACUCUUCUCACUGUACCAUAAAACACCCCUUUCAUCAACACUGUUUUUAUUUUGCAUAAGAUCCAAAAACAAUAAUAAAAAUCCACUCUUUAUCUUCUAUUCUUUAGAAAAGUCUCGUUUUUGUUCAUACCCAUGUGCCAUAAUCUUGUUCUUACCAACCUCACAUGUUCAAAAGUUGACUCAGCUAUAGUCUACAACUUCAAUUUAGAUCCAUAGUGUUUGUUAUAGCUACAAAUUUUCAUAAAUUUAACGUUUUUACUCAUUUAUUAUUACUUCAUUUACAUUCAAGAUUUGAUCUUUCAUAGCCUCUUAUAGAGAGGGUGGUUACCAAUUUACCAUAGAAAUUUUCAUUUUUUAUUUUGGUUUUUGAGUUUUUUUAAGCAAGAUGCAAUCGAGGGUUGUAGCAUCUGAAGAAGGAAAAUCAAAAGGGUUAUCAUUAGGAUCAUUGCGUUUAUUUAUUGUUUUUGUUGCUCUAUGUGUUGUGUUUUCUGUAAUAAGUAUAUAUACUCUUAAACAUUUUGGAAUUGAGAAUGUUGUUACUACAAUGAGUUCAAGUUUUCAACCAUGUGUUGAGGAACAUGCUGGUUUGGAACAAUGGAUUAAACCACCUUCAAAUCUGAUCCAUAAUAUGACUGAUGAAGAACUUCUUUGGAGAGCUUCUUUAGUUCCUAAGAUUAAGAAUUACCCUUUUCAAAGAGUUCCAAAGAUUGCUUUUAUGUUCCUUACUAAAGGACCAUUGCCUCUUGCACCACUUUGGGAGAGGUUUCUGAAAGGGCAUGAGAGUCUUUUUACUGUAUAUAUUCAUCCUUUGCCUUCAUAUCAAGCUCAGUUUCCUUCUUCAUCUGUUUUUUAUAAGAGGCAAAUCCCUAGUCAGAUUGCCGAAUGGGGAAGGAUGAGCAUGUGUGACGCUGAAAGAAGACUACUUGCUAAUGCGUUACUCGACAUCUCCAAUGAGUGGUUUAUUCUAUUGUCUGAAUCAUGCAUCCCUCUCUACAAAUUCAGUCUAGUCUACCACUACUUAAUGAAAUCCAAAUACAGCUAUGUUGGAGCAUUUGAUGAUCCUGGUCCAUACGGAAGAGGACGCUAUAACCCAAACAUGGCCCCUCUAGUAAACAUUACAAAGUGGCGUAAAGGUUCUCAAUGGUUCGAAGUAAAUCGAAAGCUAGCCGUCAACAUUGUGGAAGACACUACAUUUUAUCUGAAGUUCGAACAAUAUUGUAGACCAGCUUGUUACGUCGACGAGCACUAUUUUCCUACCAUGUUAACCAUUCAAGCGGGGAGUGCGUUGGCGAACCGGAGCAUAACUUGGGUGGACUGGUCUAGAGGUGGGGCUCACCCGGCUACAUUUGGAAGAUCAGAUAUUACAAAGGAGUUUUUCGAUAGAGUUCAUGGAGGUCAAAAAUGCAAAUAUAAUGAUAGAAACUCUACACUUUGUGUUCUAUUUGCAAGAAAAUUUGCUCCUAGUACAUUGGAACCUUUGUUAGAUAUGGUGAAUUCAAAAGUCUUAGACUUCUGAUAUAUUUUAUAUUUUCUAUUGAUUGCUACAUAUGAAAACAAAACAUAGAUGUAGAAUAAAAGUCUUUAGAAAAACUAUAAAAUUUAUUAUAUGGCAUGACAUGGUGAUUGCCUCAUUGGUGAGUGCUAGAUUAUGGUAGUAGUGAUGAUGAGAUACUUUUUCAUAA